GCCCGGAACCUCCGCGCCCGGCCGCGCCUUCCGGGGAACGGCGGCGCUGCGGGACGGGCCCGGCGCCGCCAUGGCCGCGUCCCCCGCCCGGCGGCGCCGCUGGGAGCGGGAGCAGGCCCGGCUGAGGGCCCGCGUGCUGGAGGAGGACACCGAGCAGUGGCAGAAGGAGCCGCACUUCUCCGGGCUGCAGAGAGUGGGAGGCGUGGAUUUAUCCUACAUCAAGGGGGACGAGAGCCGUGCCUGCGCCUCCCUGGUCGUGCUCAGCUACCCGGCCCUCGAGGUGCUGUACCAGGAUUGCCGCAUGGUGCCCGUCACCGCCCCGUACGUGGCCGGGUUCUUGGCCUUCCGAGAGGUCCCUGUCCUGGUGGAAGCUGUGCAGAGACUUCAGCAGGAGGAGCCCCAGCUCCAGCCUCAGGUGCUUCUGGUAGAUGGGAAUGGCCUGCUCCAUCCCAGAGGGUUUGGCACAGCCUGUCACCUCGGAGUCCUGACGGACCUGCCGUGCAUUGGUGUGGCCAAGAACCUCCUGCACGUGGAUGGCUUGGUCAGGGACGAGCUGCACAGGGAGCAGGUUCGUUCCCUGCAGAGGUCAGGAGAGGCAUUCCCACUGACAGGCACCUCGGGGAAGGUCCUGGGCAUGGUGCUGCGGAGCUGCACCAACAGCUCCAGGCCCCUGUACGUGUCCGUGGGCCACCGGGUGAGCCUGGGCACGGCCGUGCGCCUGGUCAGGGCCUGCUGCCGCUUCCGCGUCCCGGAGCCCAUCCGGCAGGCUGACAUCAGGUCCAGGGAGUACCUUCGGAAGCAGCCCUGUGCUCCAGUGGAGGCUGUCCCUGCCAGCCCAGAGAGCAGCAAAAAGGAGGCUGGAUCGGAGGAUUAGUCUGGUGCCAGAAGAAAGUGCAGAGCUUCUCCUCACUGGGUCCUCUCCUGCACCAAGGCUGAGUCCUGCUGGGUGCAGGAGCCCAGUGCCACCCUGAGGGACAGCUGUGCCAGGCUGUGUGCCACAGGACAGCACCAGCCACUGCUCAGGGAGACUCCAUGCAGCGAAUUUCUCAGGGUUCUUUUUCAAGUACUGGUAAAAUCUUUGUGUAAGCAAAGGCUCACGUGUAAGUGUGCAACACCUCACUGGAGUCCUUGGGCAGCUGCAGGGGCUGAGUUACAGAGAUGCUGAGGCAUUGCCACUGCAGAGCCAGCCUGUGUCUCCCACCACACCUCUGUGGCACAGAGCCCUCCCUUCCCACUGUUUUUGGAGCAGCAGCCCCGCUGCCCAGCUCUUCCUGGAGGAAGGAUCAUCCCAGGGGAAAGGAUGGGAGGAACCAUCUCCCUCCCAGGAGCAUGGGGAGGUCAUUCCUGACACACAGAACGCUCCAGGUGUCCAGGUCCCAGGCUGGAGAUCUGGCCCAGCCCCAGCUCGGCCUAAGGAGCAGAGCCCAGAGCUUCUGUGCCCAAAUCAUCCUCAACCCUCGUCCAGCCUGCAGGACUAAAGCUUCUCCCAGGGUGUGGGAUCCUGGCUGAGGUUGGCAGGGGGUUCCAGACUGUUCUGAAGAGCAGCAGGAGCAGAAGGUGCUCUGGGAGAUCUUGGUGUGGCUGUGUAAGAUUCAGCCUGAAGAGGAAGAAGAAAGCUUUCCUGAGGGUGGGGAGGGGUGAUCAGGGCAGGCCCCUGUGGGCUGUUUAACCUCAAUUUUGCAUACAUUUAUUGUACAACUUUUGUUCUUUUCUGUCUUGGAGCUGCUCUGGGUGGGGAGGACAAAACCCAGCCUGUUGUGCCUCUGCUGUGUUGGGGUCUGAGCUGUCCCUCCUGGAACCUGCUGGGAAAGGGAGGAAGUGACAAACCCUGCUCCCCUGGGGCCGUCUGGGCAGCGCUGGGGCUGGUCCUGGCAGUGCUGGAGAGGGCCACAGGCACCGACAGGGCUCUUCCCUAAAAGCCUUUGCUGACAGGUUUUAAAAGGCAAAGCUGCAGCAGCUGCAGCUCCCAGGAGCCUCUCCUGGGAACCCUCAGAGCUGCUGCACACCAGGGUUUGUCCGUGGGUGGACACAGCCUGGCAGGGGAGAACACAGUGGAAGCUGCUCCUCUGAUCCUGAGCAGAUCCUGAGGGCUGCUGCCAGGCCAGGGGCACAGGGAGCACUGGGCUCGUGCCUGGUGCUGGCAGUGGCAGGGACAGGGGCACAGGGACAGCCGUGUCCCCUCCCUGCACAGACACAGAGCCUCCCGUGCCACGGCCUGUCCCGUCCCGAGGGAGCAGGGUGGGGACAGAGCCACAGCCAGCAGGGAUCAGGUCAUUCCUCAUUCCAGCCCCACACAAGACUUCCCUGGCCAUGGGAACAGUCUCCUAAAGCCUGUCACAAAUUCAGGCACGAGUGGCAGCGUGGGCACGGGACAGCUCCUUCAUGGAGCAGAGCACCAGGGAAAUCCAUCUGGGCUUUCUGAUUGCUUUGGCCUGUGCUGGGAGGGUCAUCCCUGGCUCCUCUCAAAUUCUGGGGGACACCACUCCCACUGCAGAGUCACCCCAGGUGUGCUGAAUGAGGCUCUGUGGGGAGCAGCUCCUCCAGGAUGGCCCUGGCAGAACAGAGGAGGUGUGGGACUUCAGUGUGUGGGACUGUGGCUUCUCCUGCCCCGACGAGUGGCUGGCUUUAAUCUCCUGUUGAAUGUCUGUGGUUUUAGUCCCUGAUCUAUUGGUGAUUUUUUUUGGGUUUUUUUUGGGGUUUUUUUGGGUUUUUUUUUUGUUUUUGUUUUGGUGCUUCUGGUUGGUAUUUGACAAUGAGAGAUUUGGGCUGGGCUGGCCAGGGGAGGCUCUGCAGCCAAAGCUGUGAUUUGGGUGGAAGCUGGAGGAAUUGAGCCCAGCUUAGACAGAAAUGUGAGGCUGUGGCUGUUCAGGGUCUGUUGCUGGGUGUUCCUGCUGGGAUCUGUGUGUUUUGAUCCAUGGAAGGUCCAUGUGCUCAGCCUGGGAGGGAUCCAGGGCUGGGGACACUGCUGUCCUCAGCUGGCCUGAGCCCCCCCAGCUGCCUCUGCCCGGAGGAUGAGGGAAAAUCAGGUGGGAAAAAAAAAAAAAACAGCAUAAAAAAUGGCUCUGCAUCACUUCCCCGGCUUCCCUGUGCGUGAGGCUCUGAACUCCUCUCCUUCCAAGCCAGGUAAACUCAGAUGACUCUGGAGGAGGUCACCUGGGGAGGCUUUAGGAGGGGGAUGGUGCUGCAGUGUCCUGGCAGCCCUGCUGGAGCUGGGGUUUCUGUGCUGCUGGCUUUGGGCUUUGCCUGUGCCUGGGAUGCUCUCCCAGCUUUGCCUGUGCCUGGGAUGCUCUCCCAGCUGCCCAAAUGCAGUGCCUAAAGGGACUAAUCUCUGUGUUUGGUGUCUGCUUGUGGCUCUUUGGACACAAUAAGGGAUUAACUUGGUCUUUAUCUAAUUGGUUUAUAACCUUGGGAAGGGAAAAUCUCUUUGUAAUGCUUGAAACCUCUUAACAGAAACUCAGAGACUGGAGCUUGAGUGUCCUUCGAAAUAAACUCAUACAUGGCUUGUCUGUUUUAACUCUC